CGCAGGCGCGCCGAUUGCAGCCCAGCGUAGUGUUGUGGCGCAGGCGCGCCGCGGGCAGCCCCGUGCGGGGGUCCUCGGGGGUCCUCGGGCCGGGCGCCGCCAUGUUGGGCCCGCUGUGGACGCGGGUCUGCGGCCUGCUGCUCGGGGCGGCGGGGCGGGCCUUCAGCCUGAGCCAUGCGCGGGAUACAGUGGUGGUGGAACGGUGGUGGAAGGUACCGCUCAGCAAAGAGGGACGGCCCCCCCGGGCCCGGCACCGGCGGUACCGCGUGUACCGACUGGUGGAGGACACCAAGCACCUGCCCCGCGGUGAGCUGGAGCUGAUCCUGACACAGGCAGUGGAGGGUCUGGGAAACCGCGGGGACACUGUUUCUGUGAAGAAGUCUGUGGGGCGCAACCGGCUGCUGCCGCAGGGGCUGGCUGUGUACGCGUCGCCAGAGAACCGCAGGCUGUUCGAAGAGGAGAAGCAGAGCCAGGAAGGGCGGAUGGAGGCGGUCCAAACACAGAGCGGAGAGAGGACCCUGCGGUUCCUGCGGAGCUGCCGCCUGGAGGUGGGAAUGAAGAACAACGUGCGCUGGGAGCUGAGCACCGACAUCGUGGCACGGCACUUCCUCAAGAACCUGCGGGUGUCGGUGCCACCCCAUGCGCUGAAGCUCCCGGAUGAGCCCAUCACCCGCUGGGGCGAGUACUGGUGCGACGUGACGGUGAACGGGAUGGAGACGGUGCGCGUCCCCAUGGAUGUGGUGGAGUUCAUGCGGCCACGGACAAAGCGGCGCCGGCACUGGCAGGCACAGCAGGCAGCACUGCUGGCAGCACGGCGCGAUGAGCUGUUCUGACCCCACAGCCCCCUCGUUUUGGGAUCGUGGGGAUUUGGGAUCCUCCACUGGAGCUGUCCCCCAUCGCUCCCAGUCCCCCAUCACUCCCCCUCUCUGCUGAGUGAAUAAAAAGGGUCAGAGCGUG